GCUGGGCAGAGCCGCUGGGCAGAGCUGCUGCGACAAUCGAUUCAGAUCUCACGCUCGUCAGCGCGCGGCCUGCCCCGCCAGAGGUCCCUCAUCCUGCAAUGACGAUGCCGUUGUUUCUCCUUCUGAGCAGCUGGACGUUUUGCUUCCUCUUCGCCGAGCUCCCUGUAGUACUGCCAUGCGGUUCAUGCAAAGUGUUCACGGGACAUUGUGCAUGUGCUUUGGUAACAAGUUGCUUACAGCGUGGUAUCUUGUUCAUGCGUUGAUAACGACUCACGAGUCAAAAAGACUCAGCUCUUCAUGACUUCGACCACCUGGGGAGCCGUCUAUAAAAGAUGGGUGGAAUCCCUCUCCCAGGUAGAGCCUGAAUCACUGAUCAGACCAUUGAUAUCUCCAUUGCACGAAGAAAUCUAUACACAAUGGUCAAAGUCACGCUUGAAGGAGUCCAACUGCUCGCACCGGUGUCCAACGAGGCACAGUACGCAUCAGGCACCACGGUUGCAGACAUCAUCACGAAACAAUCACUUGAGUUCGUGACGCUUUUGCACAGAACUUUCAACGCUCGUCGUAAGGAGUUGCUUGCCAACAGACAGAAAGUUCAAGAGAAGCUCGACAACGGUGAAUCGCUUCACUUCCUCGAGGAGACUGAGGCCAUCAGAAACGACCCAACAUGGAAGGGUCCGAUCCUCGCUCCUGGGUUGAUCGAGAGAAAUACCGAGAUUACCGGCCCACCAACCAGAAACAUGUUGAUCAAUGCGUUGAACUCUGAUGUCAAGACAUACAUGUCUGAUAUCGAAGAUUCUGCUUCGCCAACAUGGGACAACGUCGUUUAUGGCCAGCUCAACUUGUAUGAUGCCAUCAGAGGUCAGGUUGACUUCACCAACGCCGCUGGCAAGGAGUACAAGGUUACCAAACCAGUCGGCAAGACGCCAACUUUGAUCCUCAGACCAAGAGGUUGGCACAUGGUAGACAACCACGUUGUUGUUGACGGUGAGUCCAUCUCCGCCUCUUUGUUCGACUUUGGGCUCUACUUCUUCCACAACGCUAAGCAGCUCAUUGCCAAUGGCCAUGGUCCAUACUUCUACCUUCCUAAGAUGGAACACCACCUGGAAGCCCGCCUUUGGAACGACGUAUUCAACGUUGCACAAGACUUCCUCGACAUUCCUAGAGGAACUAUCCGUGCCACUGUUCUUAUCGAGACUUUACCAGCUGCUUUCCAAAUGGAAGAAAUUAUCUGGGAGCUCCGUGAUCACUCUUCUGGUUUGAACUGUGGCCGUUGGGAUUACAUCUUCUCCACCAUCAAGCGUCUGAGAAAUAACCCAAAACACAUCCUGCCAGACCGUGGUCAAGUGACCAUGACUUCGCCAUUCAUGGAUGCCUACGUCAAGCGUCUCAUCCAGAUCUGUCACCGCCGUGGUGUUCACGCUAUGGGUGGUAUGGCUGCUCAAAUCCCAAUCAAGAAUGACCCAGUUGCUAACGAGGCUGCUAUGACUAAAGUCCGCAACGACAAGAUCAGAGAGCUUACAAAGGGCCAUGAUGGUUCUUGGGUUGCUCAUCCAGCUCUUGCUGCAAUCUGCAACGAUGUGUUUAGCGAGAUGGGGACAAAGAACCAAAUCCACUUUAUCCCAGAUUAUGAUGUCCCAGCUUCAGAAUUGACAAACACUCAUAUCGAAGGUGGUAAGAUCACUGAGAAUGGUAUCAGAGAGAACUUGUACAUUGGUCUUAACUACAUCGAAGCAUGGUUACGCGGAUCCGGUUGUGUUCCUAUUAACAACUUGAUGGAAGAUGCUGCCACUGCCGAAGUUUCCAGAUCACAACUAUACCAAUGGGUUAGACAUGGUGUGACUUUGGAUGACACAGGUGUCAAAGUAACCCCAGAGUUAACUACUAAAUUACUUGAGGAAGAAACCGCAAAACUUCUGAAGACAGCACCAGCAGGAAACAAGUUUGAGCUGGCUGCAAAAUACUUCAAACCUGAAGUGAGGGCUGAAAAGUUCAGUGAAUUCUUAACAACCAUGUUGUACGACGAUGUGUCCACUCCAGGUGAGGCAUUCAACCUCGCGUCACUCAAGCCAUAGUACCACUCAACUACAACAAAGAUUUUCUAUAGGUAAUAGCA